AUGAUGCCUGAAAACCCUCAGCCACAAAUCAUUCUGUUAAAAGAUGGAACUGAUACUUCCCAAGGAAAACCGCAACUGAUAAGUAACAUUAAUGCUUGCCAACUCAUUGCAGACGCUGUUCAAACUACUCUCGGACCGCGUGGUAUGGAUAAGCUGAUUGUUGACAGUACAGGUCGAACUACAAUUUCAAACGAUGGGGCAACUAUUAUGAAGAGGUUGGAAAUCGUCCAUCCGGCAGCAAAGAUUUUAGUUGAUAUUGCACAAUCUCAGGACGCAGAGGUUGGCGAUGGAACGACUACGGUAGUUUUACUCGCUACUGAAUUUAUGAAACAAGUAAAGCUCUUCGUUGAAGAUGGCGUUCAUCCUCGUAUUAUAAUUAAAAGCUUACGACGUGGAGCUGAACUGGCUCUAAGAAAAAUUCAGGAUAUGGCAGUUCACGUUAAAAGUGAAGAUGCGAGUGAGCAGAGAAAGCUGCUUGAAAAAUGUGCAAUGACUGCUAUGAGCUCUAAGUUAAUUUCUUCACAAAAGGACUUUUUCGCGAAAAUAGUAGUAGACGCUGUUACUAUGCUGGAUGAUUUAUUGCCACUAGAUAUGAUUGGCAUGAAAAAAGUAGCAGGAGGCGGCCUACAGGAUUCUCGCUUGGUGGCUGGUGUUGCAUUUAAGAAGACUUUUUCUUAUGCUGGUUUUGAAAUGCAGCCAAAAAGAUACCAAAAUCCAAAGAUUGUACUUUUAAAUGUAGAAUUAGAAUUAAAAGCAGAAAAGGAAAACGCAGAAGUUAGGAUCGAUAACGUUAAGGAGUACCAAGCAGUAGUUGAUGCAGAAUGGAAAAUAUUAUAUGACAAAUUAGAAAAGAUCGUGGAAAGUGGAGCUAAAGUUGUGUUGUCAAAAUUGCCUAUUGGCGAUGUUGCUACUCAAUACUUUGCUGAUCGUGAUAUAUUUUGCGCUGGUCGGGUGCAAGAGGAAGAUAUGAAGAGAACGUUAAAGGCCUGUGGAGGUAGUAUCCAAACAUCUGUCCAAGAUCUCAAAGAUGAUGUUCUUGGGAACUGUAAGCUCUUCGUAGAGGAGCAGAUUGGUGGUGAUAGGUAUAACAUUUUUACUGGAUGCCCGAAGGCUAAGACAUGCACCAUUAUCAUUCGUGGUGGCGCUCAGCAAUUUAUGGAAGAAACGGAGAGAUCACUUCAUGAUGCCAUUAUGAUUGUAAGAAGAGCUAUGAAGAAUGAUUCUGUUGUUGCUGGAGGUGGCGCGAUCGAAAUGGAACUCUCACGUUAUUUGAGGGAAUGCUCUCGUACGAUUUAUGGUAAAGAACAAUUAAUCAUUGGUGCGAUGGCAAUGGCAUUAGAAAUUAUUCCUAGGCAAUUAUGCGAUAAUGCUGGCUUCGAUGCUACUAAUAUUCUUAAUAAAUUAAGACAAAAGCAUGCAGAAGGAGGUAUUUGGUAUGGUGUCGAUAUCAAUCGAGAAGAUAUCACUGAUAACUUCGAAGCUUGUGUAUGGGAACCAGCCAUCAUCAAAAAUAAUGCUAUCACCGCUGCUGUCGAAGCUGCCUGUUUAAUUUUAUCUGUAGAUGAAACCAUCAAAGGUCCGAAGUCUAGUUCGGACGGUCCACCUCCGAUUUCACGGGAUAUGGCAGGUCGUGGGCGAGGUAGACCUGCUAGACCUCGUGGCAUGUAA